CCUAAACUCAUCUCCACCACCAACAAUGUCAUCCUCCACCUCUCACCACCACCACCACCUUCUCCUAAAUCCGCCUCCUCGCUCCCUCUUCAUCUCCGCCACCAAAACCCCCAACCUCCUCUCUCUCCCAACCACCACCCGCCCACAUUUCCCAAUCUCAACCUCCCACUCUCCCCCAAACCCCACCCACCUCGCCUCCCUUCGCCACCGCCUCAACGCCUCCUCCUCCUCCGCCGCCGCCGGACCUCCCUCCUCCUCCGCCGCCGAAGAGUUUUCCUUCAAUCUGGACUAUUUCCUCUCGGUCGCCGAGCUCCUCUGCCUGGCCUCCUCCGCCGUGGUCUCGAUCGGUUAUGGUCUGAGCUCGGCGGUUCCGGGGUGGAAGAAUGCGGCGUUUAUCGGGGGGACGGCUUUGGGCGGCGGUGCGGCGGCGUUGGUGAUGGCGGUGGGGAUUGGGGCGUGGAUUCGGAGGCGGCAGUGGAGGAGGGUGAGUAGGGAGACGGUGAAGGGCGGCCUGGAGGUGAAUUUGUUUGAGAGGAUUGAGAAGUUGGAAGAGGAUUUGAGAAGCUCGGUGACGAUUGUUAGGGUUUUGUCCAGGCAGCUUGAGAAAUUGGGGAUUAGGUUUCGGGUUACGAGAAAGGCCUUGAAGGAGCCCAUUGCUGAGACUGCAGCUUUGGCUCAAAAGAACUCUGAGGCCACUCGAGCGUUGGCAGCGCAAGAAGACAUUCUGGAAAAGGAGCUUGGAGAAACUCAAAAGGUUUUACUGGCAUUGCAGGAGCAACAGCAGAAACAAUUUGACCUGAUUCUUGCCAUUGCAAAAAGUGGGAAGCUUUUGGACAACAAACAUGCACAUGAUCAACCAGAGAGUACCAUUAGAACACAUGAUUCAAGUACAGACAAUUCAAAACAGAAGGAACCCCAGCAGAUAUAACCUUUGUGUGGAAGCAAAGGAGACAGACUAGGAUUUUGGAGAAAACCAAUCCCUGUGAAAAUGUGUUUUUCCCAAUGUUGUUUUCCUCGAGCCAUAUCUGGUUCUAUUCUCUUCUCGCACACUUUGGUUCUGCGGGUUGUCAGUGUAGCUGUGUUAGGAUGGCUCGGGUCUUCAGCCAAAGAAAAUUUUGUCAGACCUUUCUGGAUAUACAAAGCUGGAAGGUAAAGUCAAAACAACAAAGGAAGAGUUAUAGGAUAGAAAUGCAUCCAUUUGAAGUACAGUUGUACCAAUAAGGUAGAAGUGGAAUGUCUGCUCCUCACAUUUGUAAUUCUCAGAUUGUAAGCGUCAUCUUCUUGAAACUAAUAUGUACCAUCUUGGUAUCCUGCAGUCAUGUUAUGAACUUCUUGCUGACCACUCAAAUCUGAUUAGUACGCUGUACUUGGAGGUUCCUUUUUUCAUUCAUGUAAAAUAAUGACCAGUCUAAAUUACUGAAAUAAUAAAAAAGUUCAAUA